GUUAACCUGAGCACAUCAAGAAAAAAAGUCAAGCGCAAAGUCAAAAAAACUUUGGCCAAACUUGAAACCAAAAGUAAAACCAAAAGUAAACCAAAAGUUGAAAAAAACUCAAGUUCAACUAAUGGAUAACAAUGACAUAAUGAUGAUGUUAACCAAUAGUUCAGUUUAUUUGCUCGGUUAUAUUCGUGAUGAAAAUAAAGUGUCCAACAAUGUGGAACCCAGCGGGUUGGACUCGAUACUCACCAACGAUCCAACGGUUCACCUCACCUCUUCAAUAUCAUCUUCUGGGUUGUCUACAUCAUCUUCAGCUUCGGUUGCCAUCGAGUCUAAACUUGUACCUGACAUCGACUUGUCAACCCUCAAUGGUUCAACCAUUUUAACCCAAUACUCUGAUCUGAAUCAACUAAACGUUCUUGAAGUUACAUCUUACCUUUGCCUAUUUUUCCUUGGGGCUCCAGCCAAUCUGAUAGUGUUUUACAACAUUUUCAAAACAAGUGCCUACAAGCGAACUAGAAAUGAAUUUUUACUCUCAAACCUUGUCAUUGCCGAUUCCAUAGUUACCUGUCUAAUGAUUCCAUCAGAGAUUCUUUGGAGGUUCAGUAUAACCUGGAUUUAUGGUUCCAUUGCUUGUAAAAUAUUUCAAUUUUAUCGUGCCCUAGGAAUCUAUUCAUCUUCAUCCAUUCUUGUUUGCAUCUCAAUCGACCGUUUCAUUGCCGUAAUCUAUCCUUUUAAAUACACUUCCUGUGCACCUUUAGUUCAUAAAUGUGUCUUUACAGCUUGGAUUAUCAGUGUAACAGCAAGUUUACCUCAGAUGGUGCUAUUCAAUGUACAAGCUCAUCCUGAACUGAACAAUUAUUAUCAGUGCGUCGAUUUUCAUUCUUUCGGUGAGGAAUGGCAUCGAAAGUUGUACAACAUUUUCAGCCUUUGCGUCGUCUACGUUAUCCCGUUGCUCAUAAUAAUCAUUUGUUACACUGGAAUCUGCAUUAAACUAUUUGCCAACUCAAGAUGCCUUGGUAAUGUUAAAGCUGCUCUCGAUGAUUGUUGGAACAACUUGUCUUCCAUUGAGCCAGCCUCAUCUUCAUCUUCAUCAUCUUUAAACCAUAAUCAUGUUACUCAGUCACAUCAUCAUUACCAGCAACCUCAUCGAUCCACUGCAAGUUACACUCGGGAAACAGAGUCUCUCGAGAUUUUACCUGCUCCGGAAUCAAGUUUAACAGCGAAACGUCAAAAAAUUCAAUCUCGAGUUCUUAAAGAAGCUUUCAUAAUUAUAUUAGCCUUCAUCAUUUGCUGGUCUCCCUACGUAAUUGCCGUAAUCUGGUAUCAAAUUGAUCCCAAUUCAGCUCGUCAAAUCAAUGAAAACCUUCAGGCGAUCCUCUUCAUGUUUGCCGUUUCCAAUUCAUGUGUAAAUCCCUACAUUUAUGGUAAAAGUUUUGUUUUCCGCAACUUUUAGUUCCAAAGCACAGAGUCACACUCGGAAGCACCAAACCAGUUCAAAAAAGAUUAUUGCAAAAUCUCUUGAAAAUCUUCGAAAAUUUCACACAACAAACGAACCUUCAGAAUAACUGAAAAUCUUCAAAUCUUAAAACUUCAAAACUCAUGAAAUGUUUCAAAAACUCGACAUUUAUCCUCACCUUGAAAGACAUUGAAUCUUUAAAACUCAGUUUAUAAUUAAAAUAUCAAAAACUAUUUUCACUUUUCACUUGCUUGGAAAAGCCUUGUUAAUAUUGCUCUUUGGGUCAGCAUUUGAAAAAUAAAAAUCCAACUUGAAAAGUUUUCCUUUUGAACAUUUCUCUUCAAAUUAUGGACAAAGAAUCUGAUAAUUUUGUCAUCAUUAUUUUACUCCAAAUACAAAGACUAUAAAUCACCCAGAGUGCCCAACAACUGGGAGUGAAAAUUUGAUAAAACUUGUUGUGUAAAGGAAACUGAAAAAAGCAUUUGUAUAAAAUUUAAAUUAUAAACAAAAAGCA